AUGGCAAAAAGAGAGGCUUCCAAAGCAUCUAAGCGUGCGGGAAAAAAAGCAAAGACUGCCAAAGUGACCAACGGGCUUCUUUCAGAAAUCGAAAUCGCGUCUUUGGUCUCCGAAACCUUGGAGAGCUCCAAGUACAAUAAUCUUGUGGAAUUACUAGCACAGUAUGAAGAGAUCGAGAGUGUUUUGAAGCAAACUGAGGAUGAUUCCGUGGAGCAGAAUGCCCGUUUCCUCACCUUGAAUCUCUACAAGUGCUUCGAGAAGUUCUUGACCGAGCACACCAUGUCCUCAGAAACAAAAAACGAGAAAAAACAGCUUGUGGCCAAAUGGUUGCAGGACAAAUACUCCAAGUUCAAAGAGGUUUUGUGCCAUCUUGUACAGGUCCAGUUGGUCUUUUCUCUGUCUCUCCAGUUGGAUGCCUUGGAUGUCAUGUUGGGGCUUGUGAGGCUCGAGGCCAAGGAUACCAACGAGUUUCCUGUGGACACAUACCAGGCCCUUGUGAAGCUGUUGCUUCUUAGUGAUUGUGGAGACGUUUUGGCGGACGAGUCUUCGGGAAACUUUUUGUUGCUCGAGUUCGUCGACAAGUUCACAAAGCACUGGGACUUGCAGGUGUACUUCUUCGAAAAGUCGCUUGCAGAGACCAUCUCCGGCUGGAAGUCUUUGAGCGAAGAGAAGAGAGUGCAGCUUUUCAGCAGCUAUUACACGGUCAUCAAGGAAGGACUCUUAUACUCUUCUGACACCGACAGCUUGCGUGACGCGCCAGUCUUCACGGGCAUCAAACUUCCUUCGACGGCAUACAAAUCCAGCAUCAAGACAAGGUACCAGAAGUGUCUUUUGGAGAUUUUGAGGAUCACCGAGCUCUCCCCUGCAAAAUACAAGGCCUUGCUUGCGAUACUACACAAAAGAAUCAUUCCAUACAUGGGAGUCCCCGCUGGGCUCAUGGACUUCUUGACCGAUGCGUACGAUCAGGAGGAUGAUGCGGUGGUUCCAAUUCUUGCUCUCAACUCUCUCUGGGAACUCAUGAAGAACUACAACUUGGAGUAUCCCGAUUUCUACACCAAGCUUUACUCCCUCCUCACGCCCGAUCUCAUGUACACCCGGUACAGGUCGAGGUUCUUCCGGUUGUGUGACUUGUUCUUGAGCUCCACGCAUCUUGCGGCCAACUUGGUUGCUUCCUUCAUCAAGAAGUUGGCACGUCUUUCGUUGGCUGCCUCUUCGCCUGCGGUUGUCAUUGUUAUUCCGUUCAUAUACAAUCUUCUCAAGAGACAUCCCACGUGCAUGGUGUUGCUUCAAAACACCUCUGCUGACUCUGAAUACACUGAUACAUACGACGAUGCAGAGAAGGACCCGUUGAACACCGGGGCCAUGGGCUCUUCGUUGUGGGAGUUGGAGACGCUCAUGAGCCACUACCACCCUAACGUGGCCACCUUGGCAAAGAUCUUCAGCGAGCCUUUCAGAAAACCCAGCUACCGAAUGGAGGACUUCUUGGACUGGAGCUACUUGACCUUGUUGGAGAGCGAGAAAACUAGAAAGUACAAGGGCAUGGCCUCUUUGGAGUACGAGGACUGGUCCACGCUCUUCAGUGAGGGCAAAGGGGAGAAGCUGUACAUUGAAGGAUGGUCUUUUUGA